AUGCCAACGCACAACCGCCUCCAACGUGUCCACGGUGUCAGCGGGCAUUCCGGUCGUCAAAUGGACUUGUUGGAUACCUUCGGACCAACUGCAACACUCGGAGAUCACCAACCGCCGUCUCUCUGUCUACCUCUUUCUCGCCUCCUACGCCGUCAGUUAUUUCAAAACGCCCUCUCAACCACCAUCACCACCAUCCUCCUCCCCCCCGCUACCUCAACGUCUGCCGUUGUGGCGUCUGCCACGCACAUCGACAUUAGACACAAUCCUGACACACUGACAAACAACAGCACUACAAUCACCAACACCAGUGGUGAGGACCCGGUCAACACCUGUCCUCGUUGCAAUUGCACCUUCAACUCACACAUGGGCCUGGUCGGUCACUUGAGAGUCCAUCGCACAGUGAUUGGCAAACCAGUGCCUGUAGCACCAACCUACACCCGCUGCAUUUAUCUCCACUGUCCACACUGCCCUCGCACCUUCAUGCAUCGCAUGGGUCUAUUCGGCCACAGGCGUAUCCACGAGGGCGGAAGUGACCGCAAUCUUGACACACCUAACACAUCUAGCACGCCUACCAUGCCUAUCCUCGCCUACGUCCCGCAGAACAACGCGCCCACCGCCACGAGCUCCAUCAUACCCAGUGCGUCCUUCACAGGCUCUACACCCACCAAGCUCCCCCCUACUCACACCCCGUCGUCCAGGGCGCCUACCACCACCAGUUCCACCACCAUCACCACCGUGGCUGAUACUGACACCGCUGACUUCUGA